AUGGGCCCCUGUACCGCCUCCUCAUGCUGCUGCCAGGCCCGUAAUCUGCCAUGGGCCCCCGUACCGCCUCCUCAUGCUGCUGCCAGGCCCGUAAUCUGCCAUGGGCCCCCGUACCGCCUCCUCAUGCUGCUGCCAGGUCCAGAGUGUCUCAUGGGUCCCUGUACGGCCUCCCAUUGCUGCUGUCUCCAUCGCCACACUCUGCCAUGUGCCACUUUCAGGUCUCCUCACACUGCUGGUGGGUUCCAUUUUGUCAUAGGGUGCUGUAUGGCCUCCCAUUGCUGCUGCCUCCACCGCCACACCGUGGCUCCACACUCUGGUUUUGGCCCCGUGACUGCCCAAAUGAGUGAAGUGUGCGGUGAUUCUAAGAUCGACGGCACUCAUCUGCAUGUCAUACUGACUGACAGUAUUAUUUCUCUUCCCCAGCAGACUCCAAGGGCAUUUAAAUUAAAGGUACAGUGUUCUGCACUAAUAUAA